AUGGCGGUCCGCGCGCGGUACGGCCUUGUCUUCCCGCGGUCCUCUUCGCCGGCUGCCAUUGACGCGGUGCAAGUGGCGCUCGAGGCGCGGGGCCUUCUCGUCGUGCGCGAGACGAUUGCCGGCGAGACGAGUCCGGUCGCGACGUCGUACCUUGCCCAGCACGACGCCAUUGCGCUCACAGUGACCUGCAGCCGCGCGCGCCUCGAAGCGCAUGCCGAGCGCCUCAGCCUCUUCAAGCCGCUGGCGGACUCGCCGUGCGCGCGCAGGGAGCCGUUUGUGAUGGCGCGCGGCGACACGUUUGCGCAUUACGCCGAGACCGACGGCCCGCACCGGUUCUUCUCGAGCAGCGAAGAGCUGUACGUGCUCGGCGACCUCCUCGACGACGCCAUCGAGGGCCAUAACGUCGAGGCGUUGCCGCUCCACGACAAGCACGAGAAGAGCGUGCUGUGGCGCGACUUUUGCUGGUCGCUGUACCCAUCGAACACGGACCUCGCCGACCGCAUGGAGGCGUACUUUGGGCCCAAGGUCGCCUUGUACUUUGCGUGGCUGCACUACCUCACGCUCUUCUUGGCCGGGCCCGGCGUCCUUGGCGGCCUCCUCACGCUCUACGAGUACGUCGCAGCGGUCGACGAGAGCGACGACGUGGCCGUCUCGCCCUUCUUCACGCUCUUCAUGGUGCUCUGGAGCGCGUGCUUUUUGCAAUAUUGGCAGCGCCGGUCGGCCGCGCUCGCGUGUCGCUGGGGCCUCCUCGACGCCGCGACCAAGCGCACGCUCCGCCCCGACUUUGUCGGCGUGCCGCACACCAACCCGUUCUCGGGCGUCGUCUCGCUCACGUACCCGUACUACUACCGCGCGCUCAAGUACGUCGGGUCGGCGCUCGUUACGACCAGUCUGCUCUCGAUGGCCAUCGGCAUCAUGGUGAUCUCGCUCAACUUUCAGGGCUACAUCCACGCCGCGUCGGUCGGCGGCGCGUACCUCCAUUGGCCACUCGUGCACCAGUUUUCGCUGCCCGGCGCGAUCUUUGACCAGAAAGGUGGCGGGCCGCUGCCGUACGUGCUGCCAUAUGUGCCCGUUGUGCUGCACUGCUCGCUCAUUCUCGCACUCAACUUGCGCUACCGUAAAAUUGCUUAUGCGCUCACGCAGUGGGAGAACCAUGCGACGACCGAAGCGUUUGAGGAUGCUUUGGUGCUCAAGCGCUUCUUUUUCGAAGCGUUCGACUGCUACAUUGCGCUCUUCUACCUCGCGUUCUGCCAGCUCGACGUCGUCUUGCUCAAGGCCGAGCUCACGUCUUUGUACAUGGCCGACACGUUCCGACGCACUGACGACGUCGACGCCACGUCGGCCAAGGUGCAAGUCGUCAAGGAGGCGACGGCGUUCGACGAGUACGAGCCGUUUGACGACUACCUCGAAAAGGUCAUUGAAUUUGGCUACGUCACGCUCUUUGCGUCGUGCUUUCCGCUCGCGGGACUGCUCUCGAUGGCGUCCAACCUCAUUGAGCUCAAGUCGGACCAGUUCAAGCUCGUCUUUUUGAGCCAGCGCCCGAUGGUCGAGCGAUCGACCGACAUUGGCAUUUGGCAGUCGAUUCUACGAGGCCUCGUCUGGCUCUCGGUGCUCACCAACGUCUUCCUCUUUGGCUUUACGACCGACCAGCUCAGUCUCUUUUGCCCGUCUUGGUUCCAGACGAUCCCUGUCGACGACGCGGCGUUCGGUGGCGUCGACCACAUUCACGUCGCGGCGUCGGGCCAGGGCAUGACGGUCAUGGGCGUUGUCUUUGGCGUCGAACACGUGCUCUUCGUGCUUGUCGUUCUCAUUUCAAAGCUGAUUCCGAGCGUUCCCGACAGCGUCGUUGAAGAGACUGCGCGGCGCCAACGAGCGCUCGUGCUCGCCAAGCCGCCUUCGUCCGCCGCCGAGUCGGGAUAG